GUGAAUCUCAUUUAUCACUUGAGAAAAAAGGAUGGACAUUAUCUUAGGACAAGUAAUGUUCCUCAUCGUUUGCUUUAUGUUAUCAUGUUUCUUUAUCAUUUCCACCACAAGAUCCAGACCGAAAUCUCUUGGGGCUACGGCGACGCCUCCGGGACCUCCACGGCUACCUAUCAUCGGAAAUAUUCACUUAGUCGGAAAGAACCCCCACCAUUCAUUCGCCGACCUCUCAAAAACGUAUGGACCAAUCAUGAGUCUGAAGUUUGGAAGUUUAAACACAGUGGUCAUAUCUUCACCAGAAGCUGCAAGAGAGGUUUUAAGAACACACGACCAAAUCUUGUCUUGCCGUUGCUCUACUAACUCUAUUAGGUCCAUCAAUCACCACGAGGUUUCUGUUGUCUGGCUUCAUCCAUCGUCGGCUCGUUGGAGGCUGUUGAGAAAACUGUCGGUGACUCUAUUGUUCUCUCCGCAGCGAAUAGAAGCCACGAAAGCCUUGAGGGGGAACAAAGUGAAGGAACUUGUGAGCUUCAUCAAUGAAAGCUGCGAGAGAGAAGAAGCAGUUGAUAUUUCUCGUGCAUCCUUCAUCACAGCUCUUAAUAUCAUAUCAAACAUCCUGUUUUCCGUCGAUCUCGGUAGCUACGACUUGGAAAAGUCCAAUGAUUUUCAGGACACGGUGAUUGGUGUCAUGGAAGCUGUCGGGAAUCCAGAUGUCGCUAAUUACUUCCCGUUUCUAGGGUUUCUUGAUCUGCAAGGUAAUAAGAGGGCUAUGAAGGCUUGCACGGAUAAGUUGUUUAGGGUUUUCCGUGGGUUCAUCGAUGCUAAACUAGCGGAAAAAUCAUCUCGGAAUAACCCUAAAAAUGCUUCGAGCACUGAUUUCUUGGAUGGGGUUCUCGAGCUCACUGAAGGAGAUGAAGCAGAGCUCAACGAGAUCAAUCGUGUAAUUGGUCAAAAAGGCUCUGUUGAAGAGUCUGAUAUCUCGGAACUUCCCUAUUUACAAGCGGUUGUGAAGGAAACUUUCCGGCUACAUCCUGCUGCUCCAUUACUCGUCCCACGAAAAGCGGAUUCCGAUGUUGAGGUUCUUGAGUACAUGGUGGCUAAAGACUCUCAGGUUUUGGUGAACGUGUGGGCGAUUGGAAGAGAUCCGAGUGUGUGGGAGAAUCCGACCUCGUUCGAGCCAGAGAGGUUUUUGGGGAAAGAGAUUGAUGUGAAAGGUAGAGACUAUGAGCUUACACCGUUUGGUGCGGGACGGAGAAUCUGUCCGGGAUUGCCUUUGGCUUUGAAGACAGUGCCUCUCAUGCUUGCUUCUCUUCUCUAUUCCUUUGACUGGAAGCUUCCAAACGGCGUCGUUCCUGAGGAUUUAGACAUGGACGAGAGCUUCGGUCUCACAUUGCAUAAGACCAACCCUUUACAUGCCGUUCCCGUCAAGAAACGCGCCAUUCAUUAAUUAGCCAUUGUAGUAGUAUAUGUUUUUUUUAUAAGUACGUUCGAAUUGUUUUGACCUUAUGAUUUUAAAUAAACAAAGAAACCUCU